AUUCCCAAGGAGGAGCUACGAGACGAAUGGAAGCAGCAAUGCGUAGCGCAGACAUCUAUCAGAGCGCAUGCUCCAGCGCAUCUCAAGAAGGAGCUGGACGUUGUGUUGAGCCUGCAGGCUGACCUUGACACUGUCAACAAGGCUAUCGAAACAACACGGACAGUCCUUGAAAAUGGUGAAGCGUCUGCCAAGUCCCAUGAAGUCGUCGCGAGCCUCGAACGAUCACAUACACGCCUGGUUGAUAAGGUAGAGGCCCUAUACUCAUCGCUUAACAUCACGGACAGCUUCCCAGACUUCGGAAACGUCAGCCUCGAGUUCGUGAGGCUGCUACUAAUGGCACGCGACCUGAAGAUCAACAUUCGCAAGCGCGCAGUGGGGAGCUUCUUUGAAUGGGAUCGGCUGGACCAAGCGGUCGGUGGACGGCACAACCCUCUAGGCACCAAGAUCCAUCAGCAGACCCGCAAAGCAAUUGCGAAGCGUACGCCCGCCCUCAAGACAGCGAUCCGCAAGUUCAAUCGCUAUUGCGAGAGCCUCAAAGAACUCAAACAGCCGGAGUGGACCAUCACCGUACCCCUUCCACUUCCCACUGACCUCGACGCCCUCCGCGACGACGCCAGCCUCCUCGCCGAUGUCUGGAUUGACCCCUCACAAGCUCAAGCCCCCCGAUGGCUCGAAGACGUCGACGUCCGCAAGGGUAUUCGCGCGCUCCUACUUGGAGACCGUUGUCUAGAGGAGCGGCGCCGCUUAGGAAGAGAGGCAGACAACAUCUGUCGUUGGUAUGGUAGUGAGCUUGCGGCCGCCAAACUGGCAUUGGCGACAUCAUCCAAUGCGGAUAUCGCGUUUCUCCUACAGCAACGCGUCUGCGAGCUUCUGCUCCUACCUGCCAAAUGGAAGAACCCACUGGUCUCGCCUCAACGAUUUGACGCACAGACCACACUCGCGUCCGAGACGGUCAACAGCGCCCUCGGCGAUCCUCAAGUGUAUGCAUGGCCGUUCGUCAUCGAGACUCCCCUCCCUUACAUCAUCCAUCAAGAUGAUACAGACCCCUACGGGCGUCUGGAGGAGGAGGAACCGUCAUACCUCGAGGCAGAACAGCAUCUGGUGGAGGACGUCUUCCUGGACGACGCUAGUGGCGACGAGGGGCCCCCUGAGGAUGCAAGGUCCGAGGCAUCUAUCCAUGUCUCCAUCGAUGACGCUCCCCACUUCCUGCAAGCCACGGCCCCGGUCCUCUCGCAAUCGUUGCAAAGCAACGUCCACCUCGAUGCGUCAGACAUGAGUCGCCUGCAGAACCGGAGUGCGUGGAUGAAUGAUAGCUGCAUCAACGCAUGCAUGCAGCUCCUCCAACUCGUCUUCCUGGGUCCAGGAGGUGAGCGGGUGGCACUCCUGUCCACAUACAUGCUCCCCCUAGUGCGCGCGGAUGCCGGCGAUGCGACCCUCUGGCGCAAUGCGGCAAGCACACGUUUCUGGGAGAAGGAUGUAUGGACAAUCCCGAUCCACUACGAGGACCAUUGGAUGCUGGCGACCAUUGACAUUCCCCGGUCGCGCGUCGCCUACUUCGACAGUUUUGCCCGGGAGCAUCCAUGGGAGGGUCAUAUUCAGGACGUCAUGCAGCUCACCGCGCGCCUGCUCAAUAUUGCAGCGGAUAAGGGUCAUCACAUUGUCCACGCGCAACGUGCAUGGGCCGUGUAUCCGACCACGACAGCAGCACGUCAGCACAACACAUACGACUGCGGCGUAUGGAUACUGGCCGUCAUCGCGGCAGUUUUGCGUGGGUAUGACAUGACGGGGUUCGAGGAGGCAGACAUAGGCCGUUUCCGCAUAUUCCUGUUCACGCUAGCACGCGCUGUAUCCACGUAA